UCCUCCUCCAUCACUUGGCUGGUGGCUGUGAAGCUGCGUGAUGGUGGGUGGUGUCUGACUUAUUGGCCGCCAUGAAAGAAAACUGCGUUCCUCACGAAGCCGUGGAGCCGAGCCCUCUGUCCUUCAUCUCUCCUCCUCUCCUUCCUCUUCCUCCUGCUCGGACGCUCCAUGGGAAGGAAGCGGGCGACUGCCAGGACGUCAGCGCCAUCACCAACAUGUUUAUGUGUGGUACACACCGGCAGCUUCCUGAAUCAGUAGAGAUCCACACCGCCCUCCAAAGACUAAACAUCCCUCUGAACACAGGAAGACCAGUGACGGCAGAGCCGCUCCUGCUGGGUAUAAACGCUGCGGAUGGAGCCUCAGCCUCAGCGUCCAGCAGGCCGCCGACCUCAGAGCCUUCAGCCUCCACCGCGUCCGAGUCGGUCAGCACCAUGGUCAGCGCCAGAAUGCUGCUGCUCAGCGCCUCCUGCUGGCUGCUGGUGGCGCUGGGCACCUGCGACGAUCGGCUAGAGGAGCGUUCGCCCGAGUACGACGUCAUCAAGACGGAAGAGGAGAAGGAGCUGAUCGAAGCUCUGCAGGAAGUCCUGGAGAAGCUGAAGAACAAACAGCUGCCGUCGUCGGAGAAGAAGCUCGGCUGGCUUCCACCUUGCGUCGCCGGUGAGCAGUGUGCGGUGCGUAAAGGAGCGAGGAUCGGGAAGCUCUGUGGAUGUCCCAGAGGAACGUUGUGCAACUUCAGCAUCCUGCAGUGUGCAUAGAGCUCAGAGAAACGCUGUGCAAACCAAACAGUAAACUUUUAAAAAAACCUUUCAUGUUUGGUUGUUUUUAAGCUAACACAGUUUUAAAGUUAUCCGAUAUAAAUUAAAGUAUUAUUGCAUCUUUAACUAUUAUGUUAGUCACUCAGGUUUACUUUAAUGAGCAGAUAUAUACGACUGCUCAAGAUUAUUCAUGUGUGAUUUAGAUUUAAAUUCAUCUUUGAUAUUUUGUCAUAUUCAACCUGAUUAAAAUGCUGAGAAAGAAAUUUAACCAGAAAUUCAUUUAGAAUAAUUUACACAUAAUGGAGUUUUUGAAAAGUGUUUCUGCAAGAUUUUGGAUAAGUAUCAUCUUUUAGAUGCAUUUUAAC